CUCUCCCUUUUUAAAUCCAACGAGGACCGAAGGAAGAAACGAAGGCCAAACCCUAGCCAUUGCCAUGGCUUCUCGCAAGGUCUUAUCAUCUCUUUUCCGAUCGUCAGUACGACGAUCUGCAUCGAAGCCAUCAUCAUCAUCGAUUAUCAGUCCUAGAACUCCUUCACCUUCCCCUGCGUCUCGCGCUUCUCCCAAGGGUUAUCUCUUGAAUCGUGCUGUAGAUUAUGCCACUUCUGCUGCAGCUCCUGCGCCUUCAUCAACACCUUCACCGACGAAGGGGGCUAGCACCAGUGGCAAGAUCACCGAUGAGUUCACCGGUGCCGGCGCGGUCGGCCAAGUCUGUCAGGUGAUCGGUGCCGUUGUCGAUGUCAGAUUCGAUGAUGGUCUGCCACCGAUCUUGACUGCUCUUGAGGUCUUGGACAAUUCGAUCCGUUUGGUUCUUGAAGUUGCUCAGCAUUUGGGUGAGAACAUGGUGAGGACCAUUGCCAUGGACGGGACUGAGGGGCUUGUUCGUGGACAGAGGGUGCUCAACACUGGUUCUCCGAUUACUGUGCCUGUUGGGAGAGCUACCCUGGGCCGUAUCAUGAAUGUGAUUGGAGAACCUAUUGAUGAGAGGGGUGGAAUAACAACCGAUCACUUCCUACCCAUCCACCGUGAAGCCCCAGCAUUUGUUGAACAGGCAACUGAGCAACAGAUUCUAGUCACUGGAAUUAAGGUUGUGGAUCUCCUUGCACCAUACCAGAGAGGAGGAAAGAUUGGUUUGUUUGGUGGUGCUGGAGUAGGGAAGACAGUGCUCAUCAUGGAACUGAUUAACAAUGUUGCCAAAGCUCAUGGUGGUUUCUCUGUCUUUGCUGGUGUUGGGGAGCGUACCCGUGAGGGCAAUGAUCUCUACAGGGAAAUGAUUGAGAGUGGUGUUAUCAAGCUAGGGGAUAAGCAGAGUGAAAGCAAGUGUGCUCUUGUGUAUGGUCAAAUGAAUGAGCCUCCCGGAGCUCGUGCUCGGGUGGGGCUUACUGGGCUCACUGUGGCUGAGCACUUCCGAGAUGCUGAGGGGCAAGAUGUGCUUCUCUUCAUUGACAACAUUUUCCGUUUUACACAAGCAAACUCGGAAGUGUCUGCCUUGCUUGGUCGUAUCCCAUCUGCUGUCGGAUACCAACCGACUUUGGCUACUGAUCUUGGAGGCCUUCAAGAGCGUAUUACUACAACAAAGAAAGGUUCAAUCACAUCAGUUCAAGCUAUUUACGUGCCAGCUGAUGACUUGACUGAUCCAGCUCCUGCAACGACAUUUGCCCAUCUGGAUGCCACAACUGUGUUGUCCCGACAGAUCUCUGAGCUUGGAAUUUAUCCUGCCGUCGACCCCCUUGAUUCUACGUCCCGUAUGCUUUCUCCUCAUAUUUUGGGAGAAGAGCACUACAAUACUGCCCGUGGUGUACAGAAGGUUCUGCAGAACUACAAGAAUCUUCAAGAUAUUAUUGCCAUUUUGGGAAUGGAUGAGCUGAGUGAAGAUGACAAAUUGACUGUAGCUCGUGCUCGUAAGAUUCAGAGGUUCUUGAGCCAGCCUUUCCAUGUUGCAGAAGUUUUCACUGGUGCCCCUGGGAAGUAUGUAGAAUUGAAGGAGAGCAUUACAAGUUUCCAGGGAGUAUUGGAUGGAAAAUAUGAUGACCUUCCUGAGCAAUCUUUCUACAUGGUUGGAGGAAUUGAAGAGGUCCUUGCCAAGGGCGAGAAGAUUGCCAAGGAGAAUGCAGCCUAAGGAGACAGUUUCUCGUCCCUCUUUUCUUUUCUUCUUCCCGGGGACCUUAAAAAUCAAUAAUUUGGGUGAUGGUGGCUCUUGCCAACAUUUGGGUUGCACAUUUUUUGCUGAGAUCAACUGUAUUAUUUUGUUUUUUAUUUUACCGGAUUUGUGGGAGGUAGAUAACCGAGCUAGAGAGGGCUUGCUCUGGCGGCCCAUCCUUUGUUUUUUGGGUUCAAUAAUGUUAAAAUUGAAAGAGAAACGAGAACAUAAUUAUUUCCUUGUCAUGACGAUACAUGUUUUUUGUGCCACAGAAGUUUGUUUUGUUCCCUUGGAACGUCUUGAAAUGCCAUAUUACACGAAUGCUUCUAUUUGCUCCA